UUGAUUGUUACCAGUUAUUGUUAAAUAAUAAUUAAUUGAAAUAUUCUUUAAAUAAAAUGCGUAUUUUUACUCAUCACGUGCUAGAACAGCUGAUCAAUUGAUUAGAAUAAUAUCUUAUCAUUGAGUAACUCAACAACAAAAAAUACCUUCUUAAUAUUCACAUUAACAUUUAUACUCAUACGUUACAUGUAAAAUGAAUGUUUACGUAAAAAUAUAUAGAAACGAAGUCAAAAAAAAUAGCGGAAAUAGAAAUUAAUUUUUGAGGUUAUUUAGUUUUCGAAUAAAUCUUAAAAUUCUUAUUAUAAAUGACUGUAUGUGAAAUUACGUCGCCUAAGUUUUCAAGAUAAAUUCAGAGAGAUGACCAUUCUUUGUAAAUUUCUUGCAACUAAUAUUAUUCAUCGUAAAUCUACAUAUUUUUAUACUCCUACAUGGCAAAAAUAUUUACAUACGAUUUGGACCUCAUCGAAAAGUGUAUCAAAAAAAACAUGUACUUUAACUGGUUUACGAUGCCAAACAACGAAAGUUUUAAAAACAAAUGUUCGAGAUAUUCCUACCAAAAAGAUAUUAAAAACAAAAAAAGAAUCAGAUCUUAAAAAAUUGAUUAUUUUAGCGACACCUGAAAAAUGGAGGUUAUUUAGUGCUAUUGCUUUUUUAAUAGUAUCAUCUACUGUAACAAUGGCAGUUCCUUUUUGCCUAGGAAAAGUAAUUGAUACCAUUUAUAAUGUGAAUAUAGAAAAAAUGACAGAAAAAUUAAAUCAAUUAUAUCUAGUGUUACUGGGGGUAUUUAUUAUUGGCGCUUUUAGUAAUUUUUGUCGUGUUUAUCUAAUGUCAACCACAGGCCACAAAAUUACGUACUCUUUAAGGAGAAAAGCAUACACAGCCAUCCUCAGUCAAGAGACUGCAAUGUUUGAUAUAAAAAGUACAGGAGAACUUGUAGGAAGAUUAACUGGAGAUGCUCAAUUAGUAAGUUCUGCAAUUACUAGUAAUGUAUCAGAUGGCUUAAGAUCUUUAAUUAUGACAACAAGUGGAAUAUCAAUGAUGUUCUAUGUAUCUCCACCAUUAGCUAUUGUUGGUUUGUCAGUGGUACCUAUUGUUGCUGGUACAGCUAUUAUUUAUGGACGUUUUUUAAAGAAAAUCUCAAGAAAUGUACAAGAUAGUUUGGCAGUAUUAAAUACAGAGGCAGAAGAAAGAAUUAGUAACAUAAGAGUUGUUAAAGCUUAUGCACAAGAAGCUCAAGAAGUUAAAAGAUAUAGUUCUAAAUUGCAAGACGUUCUUAAAUUAUGUUAUAAAGAAAGUUUAUAUAGAGGCAUAUUUUUUGGUAUAACAGGUUUAUCUGGAAAUGUAAUUGUAUUAUCUGUUCUUUAUUAUGGUGGAGUUAUGGUAUCUGAUUCAACUAUUACAAUCGGAGAUUUAAGUGCUUUUUUAUUGUAUGCGGCAUAUGUAGGAAUAUCAAUGAAUGGAUUAUCUUCAUUUUACAGUGAAUUGAACAAAGCUUUGGGUGCAAGUUCACGUUUAUUUGAAUUAAUUGACAGAAAACCAAAAAUACUUAUUCAAGGUGGUAAAAUAUUGGAGAAUAAAUUGACGGGUGAUAUUGUGUUUCAAAAUGUAAACUUCUUUUAUCCUACAAGGGAAAAUUCACUUAUCCUUUGUGAUUUUAAUUUACAUAUACCAAAACAUUCAAUAACAGCUAUUGUUGGCUCAUCUGGCUCUGGAAAAUCUACAGUAGCUAUGUUAUUAUUAAGACUUUAUGAUCCGUGUAAAGGAAGAAUAUUAUUGGAUAAUUAUAAUAUCAGAGAGCUCGAUCCAAUUUGGGUAAAAUCACAGAUUGGUGUAGUUCCUCAGGAACCAAUUCUCUUUAGUGGUACUAUAAAAGAAAAUAUUGUGUACGGUACAGAAAAUGUAAUAGAACAUGAAAUAGAAGAAAUUGCAAAAGAAGCACAUGUCUUAGAAUUUACACAGAAAAUGAAGGAUGGUUUAAAUACUAUUGUUGGAGAAAAAGGCAUUACACUUAGUGGAGGUCAAAGACAAAGAAUUGCUAUUGCAAGAGCUUUAAUGAAGAAACCAACAAUUUUAAUUUUGGAUGAAGCAACUAGUGCAUUAGAUGCUGAAAGUGAACAUUUUGUUCAAGAAGCAUUAGAACGUGCUACUCAUGGAAAAACAGUACUCACUAUAGCUCAUAGACUCAGUACAAUAAAAAAUGCUGAUAAAAUUGUAGUGAUAGAUCAAGGAAAAGUUGUAGAGACAGGAACAUAUAACAAUUUAAUGAGUUUGGAUCAAGGUCAUUUUAAGAACUUGGUGAAACAUCAAGCUUUCACAUAAAUUAAAUUAAAGUAGAUCAACAUUUUUAUCAGAUUUUAAAUCAUUUUUUGCACAUAGUGUACAUUUGUGUAUAUUUAGUAUAUUAUUAUUUAGUUGUCUCAGAAUAAAAAUGAUAAUAAUAAUAAACAAAUAUAUACAUUUAUAAAUUAGA